AUGUUUCAGACCGUCUUCUCCCCGAGCCUCUUCCUCCAGCUCUGUUUCGCAUUGCUGGUGGCAGCCGCCCCUCUUGACCCUACCCUGUCCACGACUUCGCAGAACAGCUGGCAGUAUGGAACGGGUGGUGGUGUGAUUGGAUUCAUUGUGCUUGUCCUGGAUAUCAUUGUCUUCAUCGAGGUUCUGAAGUCCAACCGUCCCGUGAGCCACAAGGUCCUCUGGUGUCUUGUAGUCUUCCUUUUCCCCAUCAUCGGCAUGAUCAUCUACUGGCUGUUCUCGAACCGCGCCGCACACAACACCCGCUCGGGAUACGAGGCCGUAGCUUAA